CUAAUACAAAAACUUGGACCAAGAUAACAACACGAAUUCGACAUUUUUAUAAAGAAAAAAAUACAAGAAUGGGAAUUUUUCAGGCAGUUGGAUGGUUGCUUGUGCUGUCUGUUAAUGUCGUACGGAGUGACGUCAUAUGUAUGCAGUGUGACCAAGCAGCAGACAUCGACGAGUGUCUAUCUGCAGGAACGGUCAAGUGUGGAGCACAGGAGCAAUGUUUUCUAGAAAAAGUAACCACAAAAAACCUGAAUUUUGUGUACAACGCUGGAUGCAGGUCUGCGUUGGUAUGUAACAUCAUGGCAAGCCUUGGUGGUGGCAAUGGGCGCCGUGACUUAUCCCGACCAUCGCGAGAACUGGUGAACUGUGCUCAGUGCUGUAAUACUGCUCCAGGUGUAGCGACUAAAGGGUCGUGCAACUCUGAACUCUGUGGGGCAAGACCCAGCGUUGAUAACAGUAUCCGAUGUUUCGCCUGUGAUAACCUAGUAUCAGGCUCUGCUGCUUGUUCACAAAAAUCAGUCUGCACCGAUACAGAGGUGUGCGCUACGUCUAUUCACAUUUUAGGAGGUAAUCUGAUCAAGUAUGACUUCCGGUGCGAGGAGAAGCAUUUCUGCGAGGCUAUGAUACAGAACGGCAUCCAGAACAGAGCAUCCCAAGCUGGUGGCGUGAAGAUAUGCGACGCUUGCUGCAAGGACUCGGAAUGUAACAAAAAGGACUGCUUUCAGCUGAGAAAAACAAUGGCGACUCAGUUUGCUAACGUAACUGCAACAACAACAGCUCCAAAACCUGCCACUGCUGUACCUACUACAAAACCAACAACUCCUGCUGCAACAACCACAAAACCAACAACUCCAAUCCCAACAACCACCAAACCAACAACUCCAAUCCCAACAACUCCAGUACCAACAACCACCAAACCAACAACUCCAAUCCCGACAACUCCAGUUCCAACCACUCCCGUCCCAACAUCAACAACCCCGGUGCCAACCACUCCCGUACCAACCACGAAGCUUACUCAGCCACCAUCGAAUAAACCAUCUAGCCCAGUGCCAUCGAGUGGAAGUUCAAGAAAACCUUCAACGUUCGCACCUAACUUUACCGUAAUUUAAAUGUUAAUGUGAUAAUACUGAUACAUUAAUCAGAAUAAAGACUGACGGAUGCCAUUCUU